GCGGCUGGAGUGCUUGGAGUCGUCAUGGUGUUAGUGCUGGUGAUUCUGAUCCCAGUUCUGGUUAACUCCGCUGGAACUUCAGCGCACUAUGAGAUGCUGGGAACCUGCAGGAUGGUAUGUGAUCCAUAUGGAACCAAGUCACCGACCGCUACGGCAGACACGGUGCGAGCGGACAACAGCCUCAUGCAGUCUUUACCAACUUUUAUAACAGGUCCGAAAGGGGAACCGGGCCGCCCGGGGAAGGCUGGACCCAGAGGCAUCCCGGGUGAUCAGGGCCCGCCCGGUCCGAUGGGGCCACCCGGGGAGAAGGGGGAACCGGGACGGCCUGGACUACCGGGGCCACCGGGACCCAAUGCCGCGGCGGGGGCUAUCAGCGCGGCUACGUACAGCACCGUUCCCAAAAUCGCGUUUUACGCAGGCCUUAAAAAACAGCACGAGGGCUACGAGGUGCUGAAAUUCGACGACGUGGUCACUAAUCUGGGGAACCAUUACGACCCCACAACCGGGAAGUUUACCUGCUCCAUACCUGGGAUAUACUUCUUCACUUAUCACGUCCUGAUGCGGGGAGGGGACGGAACCAGCAUGUGGGCGGAUCUCUGCAAAAACAAUCAGGUUCGAGCCAGUGCCAUAGCCCAGGACGCUGACCAGAACUAUGAUUAUGCCAGUAACAGUGCCGUGCUGCAUCUGGAGCCUGGAGACGAGGUCUACAUCAAACUGGACGGGGGCAAGGCCCACGGGGGCAACAACAACAAGUACAGCACCUUCUCUGGAUUCAUCAUCUACGCAGAUUAGCUAACAGACCUAGUCUCAAACCUCAGUCAACCUACAGCCUCACCUCUCAGUCAACCGGCAGCCUCACCUCUCAAUCAUUCGGAACACCCUCUCCAUGAUCUGUCCUAUAGUAACUAUAGUAACU